AUGGAUGAACCACAUAAGACGUAUCGUUCUGGCGAGCAGAUAUCGGGACAGAUCAUACUUAUACUGGGCAAGAAUAUUUCCAAUAUACUCAUUAAGCUUGCAUUAGUAGGAGUGAUUAAGAUUCAUUCGAGUUCGCCUCUUCGAUCGGACAAAAAGGAGUAUUUGUUCAACCACAGCAUUAUACUCUACGGUGAAACAGAAAACAAUGAGCUUGCACUUACUAAAGGCGAACACAGGUUUCCCUUCAUAGUAAAGCUACCGAAGAAGAAUGUGCAUACGAGCAUCUCCUUUGAAAAAGGCGAGAUUAAGUACAGUAUAAAGAGUGAUAUAUCUGAUAAGUCGGCUGUAAAUGACCGGUUAUGGACAUCUGAAAUGCUCCUCAAUAUCGUGAAGCCCAUCAAUUUAUGUCUGCUUCCAGAAGCCAAACCCAAAACGCUGACCUUCCGCAGAACUAAGAGAAGAAUGCGUCACGUGGCAUCGCCUACUUCUUCUAUCAAUUCUACCGAGUCGCUAGAGUUACAGCAACAGACGAAUAACAAUGUUGAUGGCUCUCCAUCGCCAAAGUCUUCUUCAGAUAGUUCCGAUGUGAUCAAGAUUUGUAUGGAAAUACCUUCUGUGGGAUAUCUCAAAGGAGAAUCGAUCUCCGUCAAAGUGUCCAUUGAACACUACAAGCAAAUCAGCAACGUUAACGGAAUCUUCAUAACCCUAAUUCGAGUUUGCGCUCUGGAUAUGGGCGAGGACCACGAGCAUCAGUCGUUUCGUAAAGAUUUGGCCCAGUCUAUUGUUCCAUUAAUCAUUGAUCCAUCAUCAAAACCACCUUACAAUGUAUCUACUUCUCUUAGAGUACCGCUAGACAGCUUUCCUACUAUUGUGACAAACUUGGUUUCCUUUCAAUAUUAUAUAGAGGUGUUGAUAAACAUGUCAAAAUCUUCUCGAUUUCAAGGUCCAUUGAAGACCAAAGGACUUGUGGAUGAUGAAAUCAUCCAACGGGGAUCUCGAGACAAUAUCUAUAAUGUGGACAAAUUGAAGCAAAUGAAGAACGUGUUAACACUCACUUCUGAAAUUGUCAUCGGUACGGAAAGAAAACCUAUUUCUAAAUUGAAAACACGACAUAGAAGUCAUAGACACCAGCAUGGAUCAGCGAACAGUCCUGUAAACGUCGCAUCAUCAAGUUUUGCUAUAUCAUGCUCUUCCUCGUGUGCCUCAUCUACGGUCACAUCACCUUCUUCGAUGUCUAGCUCCAGAGAUCAUAAUACCCCCAAUACAGAGCACCAUCAAUCGACAUCGGUUGAUGAAUUGAUGAUUCCCGCAGUUCCAUCACCACCUGCAAUUACAAGCCCAGUUUCUGCCGGGGAAGAGAAGGAACUUAUACGGCUUAGAGAGCAGGCUUUAAUGCCCAGCCAGCCUCCACCUUCCUCACCUUCUCCUCCAGGUUCCACUGAUGGCAGUGGUUCCAGAUAUAUAUCAGGCUACUCAAUGGAGACGGAAGAAAGCGAGUCUAUCGAUCUUCCAGCUUACAGUGAAGUGGCCUCUAUUCGGCAGCAAAUCGAAUUGGCUGAUCAGCAACUAGUGCAGAACGAAAACCGACGCAUUAGCGAUCACUCGAUAGAAACCAUAACCACUCCUGAACACGACUAG